UCUCCACCUCUCUUGUUUACAAAGUCGAUUGUACUGUUAGGUAGCCAAGGACUCUAUGAGAGCUAAAACAACAAGUCUGCAUACUAAACUGUAUACACGCAUAACCGAAUAGUGACUUACCAGAAGGUUACGCGAACGAGGACUCGGUUUGUACCAGUAGAACGUGUUGAAGACAUCAUGGCAGCCACUAGCAAACUAAAUGCGGAGAUCAUCCGACGUGCCAAAGCCAAGGCUCUGAACGAAACUGACCCCGUGGAGAAGUUUAAGCAGCUGCUGCUGGCGCGCGGGGCUAAGGGAAUCAAAAAUAUUUCCAGGUCGUUUCGUAUAAUGGACGACGACAGGUCUGGGCAGUUGAACUUCAACGAGUUCCUCACCGGAUGUCGGGAUGUCGGGAUGGACUUGGAGGACUUUUCCAAAGAAGACUUGAAUGCAGUCUUCAAACAAUUUGAUGUCGAUGAUAGUGGUUCAUUAAGCGUCACAGAGUUUCUCAGGAUUGUUAGACCGAAGAUGUCGCCGAACAGAGAGAAGCUGGUGUCGAUGGCGUACUCGAAGCUGGACAAGACCGGGGACGAGAAGGUGACGGUGGAGGACCUGCAGGGCGUGUAUGACGUCAGCCAGCACCCCAAGUACCAGAACGGCGAGUGGGACCAGAACCGCUGUCUACGAGAAUUCCUCGACACCUUCGACUCCUCAAAACACAAAGACGGCUUGGUGACGUUUGAGGAAUUCAAGAAUUACUACAGUGCAAUUAGCUGCGGCAUCGACGACGACUCCUACUUCGACUUAAUGAUGCGGAAAUCGUGGGGCUUGUAAUCCAGGUGAUACAUGUGGCAGCUAAUUCCGUCAUAAUGAAUAGGUGCCUGUCGAAAUCGUUUGUAAAUUCUGUACAGUGACGUUACAUGCAUUUCUUCUUGAUCAUUGAUCUGUCGUGAAGUCAGUUUUUCGCUUUGUGCAAAUAAAAUACAUAUAUGACUGAUUAUAGCAGGGGUUAAAAUUGGGUGGUAUUCCUGCCGGACAUUCAUUCCGGCAAGUUACAAAUUCUGCCGGCUCGAAUCAAAACCUGCCGGAUCAAAUACGAUUGACUCAGAUUAAUGUGUGAACAUAAACGUAAAUUAAUUGUCUGUCCGACGGGACUUAAAUAAAAUCUCGGCCCAUGUCCGGACCCCCCCCCCCCCCCCCCCCCCCCCCCCCCCCCCCCCCCCCCCCCCCCCCCCCCCCCCCCCCCCCCCCCGGUCGGAAUGGCAAUAUUUCGACCCCUGGAUUAUAGUAUUAAAACACAAAUGAACGAACUUAUAGCUAUGCAUAAUAAAAAUCGGGUGAUGUCAGAUACUAUCUAUACCACAACACAAUUCUACGUUCAAAUAUAAUUAUUUUUUAAUCCUCGCUAAGUCUAUAUCCAAACUAUUUCAUUGUAUUGUUAGUUAGUGUUACGAAUUGGUGUUUUUUGUUUUGUUUUGUGUUUGCCUUUCAUCCCCAACGUUUCGUUUCCUUAAUAGUUCUUAUAAUAAUUGACAAUAUGGCAGGCAAUGCGAUUUUGUACUCUAACAAUUAAACUGUGUGUCACAAAGGAUUUAGUUUGAUUAUUGUUAUACACUUUAUGCAAAGUUAUACAUGUCUCUGUUUACUGUAAUACUGCUUAAUAACUACCGUAUAUGUUUGUAUAAAAGCCGGGCCUGUAAUAGAGUCAGGUUCGAAACACGUUGGAUUGGUGUACUAGUAGCUAAACAAAUACAAGAGACCGGUGUUCAAAUAUAGAUCUAGUGCUACAAUGAUAUCUAGCUUUGUAAAGGUAUGAAGUAAAAGGUUGGUACCAGAGAGACUACGGUAUUGUUAUACGGUAUAAACAAUAAUUAUGUUAAAUCCCACCAAGGAUUGUCUUAAAAAAUAGGCGCUAGUUCCUCAAUCCACAACAAUAAUGACAAUGUUUCAGAAAUAUCGGACAAACCAAUGAAGACCAAGGCUUUUAUUCAAAUAUUUACGGUAUAUAACAUGCGUUUUUGUAUUGAUGUUAAAUUGAAAACUUUUAACAAGUUUUAAAGCAGUAAUAGGCUGACAUAGGUUUACGAGUAUAUCAUAAUUUUGCAGUAAGCUACGUUGUAUUUUGACAGUGUUAUAUUUUGAAGGUGUUUCAGUUCUAGUAUUUCGUAGUAAUAUCUGGGAAAACAAUUCAAAGAGAUAAACGUAUUUACUGUCCUUGGUCAUUUCAGCAUUUGUGGCCUACCCGUAUGUGUUUUUAUUGCCGAUACAGAUGAUCAAUUAGCUGUUUGUUGUUAAAUACGUUUGACUUAAAUGCUAUAUUUAUUAAGUAAAUGGUUGCAAACUGCAGCUAUCCAUAAAACAAACCUUCACACACAUUGCAUGAACAUACAACAUAACGCGACACAACGACCAAAAGUCGGUACUUAAUGGAAUUGUUUUUUCAAAGAUGAUUGUAACAAUACUCGUCAACAAAUAAAUGUGGUAUUUUAGUAUAGGUAACUUACGCUUAUUGCAUACACUGCUUUUAUAUAUUGCUGAGUAUGUAUAUUUUCUUCUCUUAAAAAUAUGUUGUUAUUUUAGUUUUUACUGUUGGUACUCUAUUAAUAUUAUACUAUUGUAGUUCUUUUUCCCACUAUGGUUUUUAUAUAUUAGACGUUUGUAAUUCAUGCAAAUAUUCUAAAAAUCUAUGUUUUAUUUUAAUGAGUGUUAAGAGAUAAGGUUUUUUUUUACAAACUAUUGUACUAAAUCUUCACACUAUAAAAACAUUUUAAUCGUGUGGAAUGUUUUAUUCUUACUUCAAGAAUAUGUAUAUUUUAUUUUAUCAUAUCAUAUCACAUCCGUUAUCAUGAGGUACUAGUACUGAGAACGUAUCAUACCGAAUUACUGGGUUCGGUCAACGUCGUCCUUGUUCUAAAAGGGCGAAUGUAACCUAACAGAACAAUGUCGUGGUCAACAAAACUGUUUGUUUGCAAAACAAAAUUAUUGUUAAUGUAUUUUUUUUACAAUUAACAUUAUUAUUUUACAAUUAACACAAACUUCAUUAAAUACACAAGUUAAUGUUUGUCGUUCUUUUUUCAACAAAACCUACAAUUAUAGACAAAAAAACCAUUUGAAUACAGUUCAAAGUGUUUCAAGCAUAAAUUUUGAAAUAGCAUUGUGAAUAAUUGAAUUAAACUGGACUCGUUUUUCUGUUGUUAUUGUCUUAGUGGAUUCUGAAUAUAAAAAUAUCUAAACUAUUGUACAAAUAGUACUACUGUACCAUUCGGGACCAGUUAAUUUUCAUGUUAUUAUUUUUAAAUCAUUUUAUCUAUGUAUAUUGUUUUUACUAUAUUUAUUUAUGAAUAAAGUGUUUGCUCAAA